AUGUCAGAUCACGAACGAACGGCCGAGUCGCCCGCGAACUCGUUCAACGGAGAGAAAGGGAGGAUUACUCAGGUUGAACAAUCAGAAGAUGUCUACGCCGCGGAGCUCGAUACCUCCGGAGUGGAUGAGCGGAAGCUCAUGCGCAAGGUGGACUUGCGCCUCAUUCCCUGGCUAUCGCUGCUCUAUCUACUCAGCUUCCUGGACCGCACCAGCAUAGGGAACGCAAAAUUGUACGGUCUAGAAGGAGAUCUUCACAUAACCGACAAUCAGUACCUCCUCACUCUGACUAUAUUCUUCUUCCCAUAUGCUGUCUUCGAGGUACCGUCAAAUGUCUUCUUGAAGCGCCUACGCCCCUCGAUUUGGCUUUCGUUGCUCAUGCUGCUGUGGGGGAUCAUGAUGACUGUCCAAGGUCUCGUGCAUAACUACGGCGGGCUCUUGGGAAUGCGAUGGAUGCUGGGUAUGAUGGAAGCUGGGUUGUUCCCCGGAGUCAACUACUACCUAUCCUGUUGGUACAAACGCUCCGAGUUCGGCAUUCGAGCCGCUAUCUUCUUCUCCGCCGCCUCCGUCUCCGGAGCAUUCGGAGGUCUUCUUGCUGCCGCGAUAGCGAAUAUGGACGGCAUUGGAGGUAAACCCGCUUGGGCGUGGAUAUUCAUUCUCGAGGGACUUGCGACUGUUAUCGCUGGGGCAGUAUCCUUCUGGAUUAUCGAGGACUUCCCUGACAGCGCGAAGUUUCUGUCAGCAGCAGAGCGCGCAGUCGUUGUUCGACGGCUACAGAGCGACGACCAAUACUCUGCAGCUGGUGAACGUCUGCAGUUCCGCAACUUGUGGCGAAGCAUCUUGGAUCUGAAGACGUGGUUCGGAAUGAUGGUCUACGUCGGCAGCGACAUGCCACUCUACGCCUUCUCGCUCUUCUUGCCGAGCAUCAUCAGCCAACUGGGCUACAAGUCCACCGCAGCGAACUUGCUAACGGUGCCCGUUUACGCCUUCGCGUGUAUCGUCACUUGCAUUGUCGGCUUUCUGGCUGACCGUUGGGGCAAUCGCGGUCUAUUCAACAUUGGAUUCCUCUGCAUCGGCGCGGCCGGUUAUAUCAUGCUCAUCGCCUCAGAGAGUGCAGUGCUAUCCUACGUGGCGGUCUACCUGGCAACGUGUGGGAUCUAUCCUCUUAUUCCCAACACCAUCGCCUGGGUAUCUAAUAACGUCGAAGGCUCCUACAAACGUAGUGUCGCGAUCGCCAUGGUCAUCAGCUUUGGCAAUAUCAACGGCGCUGUCAGCUCUAACGUGUAUCGAGCCAAGGAUCAGCCGUGGUAUCACUUCGGACAUGGCAUGGUCCUCCUCUACAUCGGGUUGGGUUUCAUCUUCUCAGUUCUCAACUACUUCUACUUGCGCCGUGAAAACGCGGCCCGUAAUCGGGGAGAGCGCGACGAGGUAAUCGAUUCUGAACCGGAGUAUACAGCCGGCAUCGGCAUCUCACGGGAGAAGGAAGGAGAAGAGGAUAGGGAUGCAAGGGCACUCAAGAACGGCAGGUUUGCUACUGUAGCCGAUGCGAAGAGGGACAAGGGAGACGCGUGGAGUGGUUAUCGCUACACGUUAUGA